CAUGCAACAUAGACAGACAGACACUUCGCUCAUGACGAUGUUGAUAAAAUUGGCAAAGUUAACGAUGUCUUCUCUUGUCUUCAUCUCUUAAACUUUCCAAUAAAAGAAACCCUCAAAACCCUAACAAAAACCCUCUCGUUAUCAUCUUCACCAACAAGAAAAGUUAUUUUUGCCUUAGAAGUUGAUUAUCUGAUAUUGAAGUUCAUAGAGAAAUUAGUUCGCUAGAAAUGGCUAGUACUGGACAAUUCAGUGGCAAAUCACUUUACAGAGGAUUGGCAAGUAGAAGUAGUGGUGAACAGAGUCGAUUAACAAAAGGAAAAAGGAAAUUUUGUUUGUUGAAUCAAAGUAAAGUUCCUAAAGGAUUGGGGGGUAGAGAUAUUGUGUCGAGAAAGUGUCAUUUGUGUGCCGAGCAAAAGAAUUCUUUGUCGCCUCUGGUGAUUAGACAUCGGAAGGCGCGAUUUGGGGUGGUUUGUUGUCAGUCAAGUUCUGGGUAUGGUGUGGAAUCCACUGAUGAGCAUGAGAGAUUGGUUUUAGAAGAAAACAAGCGCGGCAUUAUCAAUGGUUCGAGAGGUGAAGAAAGUGAGUCAAUUGGGGUUCUGAUCAAUCAACCACGUUCUUCAGAUGUCAGAUGCGAGCUUAUAAUGCUUUCUUUGCCUGCAAUUGCUGGACAGGCUAUUGAUCCUUUUUCCCAGUUGAUGGAGACAGCGUAUAUUGGCAGAUUAGGUCCAGUAGAGUUGGGUUCUGCUGGUGUUUCUAUUAUGAUAUUUAACAAUGUAUCAAAGCUAUUCAAUAUUCCUCUUCUAAGUGUGGCAACAUCUUUUGUGGCUGAAGACAUUGCAAAGAAUUCAACCAAAGAUUCUAUUUCAGAAAAUGGCAUCCAAGAAGACAGUACUAAUGGUAAACCUAUUGGGAUGGUUGAAAGAAAGCAACUAUCCUCUGUGUCCACUGCUUUAAUAUUAGCUAUCGGGAUAGGAAUCUUUGAGGCUGUAGCCUUGUCUCUGGGAUGCGGAUCAUUUCUCAACUUGAUGGGCAUAACUGUGGAUUCACCAAUGCGGAUUCCUGCAGAACAAUUUCUUUCACUAAGAGCCCUUGGUGCUCCAGCUGUUGUGGUCUCCUUGGCUCUUCAAGGCAUUUUUCGUGGCUUCAAGGAUACUAAAACUCCUGUAUUUUGUCUUGGCUUGGGCAAUUUAUCAGCUAUAUUUUUAUUUCCCAUACUCAUGUAUUAUCUUAAGUUGGGUGUGACUGGAGCAGCUAUUUCCACAGUAGUGUCACAAUACCUUGUCACCUUUUUGAUGGUUUGGCAACUAAAUAAGAGGGUUAUAUUAUUACCUCCAAAGGUUGGAGAGCUCCAAUUUGGUGUCUACAUGAAAUCUGGUGGCUUUCUUAUUGGAAGAACUCUUGCUGUUUUAACUACCAUGACAUUGGCCACUUCAAUGGCAGCUCGUCAAGGUGCAGUAGCAAUGGCUGCACAUCAGAUAUGUAUGCAAAUAUGGUUGGCUGUUUCUCUUCUCACAGAUGCACUGGCUUCAUCUGGUCAGGCUCUAAUUGCAAGUUACUCAUCGGAAGGUGACCACAAAACUGUGAAAGAAGUCACAAAAUUUGUUUUGAAGAUUGGACUAGUUGUUGGUGUUUCAUUGGCUGCAAUUCUGGGUGUAUCUUUUGGUUCCAUAGCCACCUUGUUCACCAAGGAUGCUGAUGUAUUAGGAAUUGUAAGAACUGGGAUAUUGUUUGUUAGUGCUAGUCAACCUAUCAAUGCCCUAGCUUUUAUUUUUGAUGGUCUUCAUUAUGGUGUUUCUGACUUUCCAUAUGCGGCGAAAUCUAUGAUGUUGGUUGGAUUAAUAUCAUCUGCGUUUCUGCUUUAUGCUCCAAUUACGGGGCUCCCUGGGGUUUGGUCUGGUUUGGCUCUCUUCAUGGGUUUGCGUACAGCAGCAGGAUGUGUGAGAUUACUUUCAAAAUCUGGUCCAUGGUGGUUCAUGCACACGGAUUUAGAGACUGUUUAGGUUGGUUAAAGUUCAGAUUCAGGCUGCUCAUUUUCUAUUGUAAUUUCCCCCCUGUAAUUACUUAGUUGCUUAAUUUUGAUUUCUCUAAGUCUUCACAAAAGAAGAA